AUGGGUUAUGUCCCGGCUGGAUUCUACGGCGGCGCCUUUCUAGGACGUCUUAUCCUCGCUGAACCUACGCAUAGACUCGGUGAGCGCCGGAUGAUCUUUAUUUACGCUUUGCUAUGUAUGGGUCUGCAGUUGGUAUCCUGGCUGUGA